UUAUUUGAAGGAAAAAAAAAAGUGAGUCUAGUCUGGGAGUGGAGUGUGUCUAUAAAAGAGAGAUGUGAGGGACGAAGCUCGCUCCACUUUUUCUUCAUCUCUUUUUGUCUCACAAUCUCUCUCUCUCUCUCUCUCUCUCUCGGUGUUCUUUCACUCGCAAAUCGCAAUGGAUUCGUUUGAUAUCGAUAACGUGAAAGCAGAGAAAGCCAAGGCGUUGCGGCGUUUCAACCGCUUCCGGCGGAUCGGCCGUUUCUUCCGUGCGGCGGAGGUUUGCGUCGCUCUCCUCUUCAUCUUUUGGACAUUAACAAGACUUCCUUUCGCCGUUCAAAUCUCAAGAGUUUUUCUCCGCCGUAUCGCCGCCGUCAUCUCGACUCCUCUGUUCGUCUUCCUCCUCGGGAACUCCAUCGUCGUUGUUCUUCUCACCAAGUCUUCCGAUCGGACAACAACCACCGCCGCCGCAAGCGCAGAAACCGAAAUCUACCAGGCGUUCGUCAGAUCUGUAGAGAAUCGAUCCAAGCCGUCCGAUGAAGAUUUGACGGAGGAGAUUGUCUACGACGACAAACAGGUGAUCGUCACUGAUUUGAAUUCAAAUCCGAAUCUAAUGGUGGAUGAGAAUAUUCCUGACGUCGAGAUUGAUUCUGAUUCGAGUCCCGACCAUCCAAGGAAGGUCGUCUAUGGAAGAAGCAAAUCAGACGUUUCUGGAAAACAGAGUCCAGAAGCAAAGGUGAUGAUGAUGAUGAUGAUGAAACGUUCUCUUCAGAGAUCGGAGACAGAGAAGUGUUGCAGAGAAACUGAGAACGAUGACCUUGAGGAGGAAGAGAAGAACUAUCCAGAGGAUAAUCUGAGCAACGAAGAGUUUCAGAAAACGAUCGAAGCUUUCAUAGCCAAACAGAGGAUGUUUCGUCGUCAAGAACCUUUAGCCGUCGUUGUCCAUCACAAACCCUAAAUAUCUUCUAUCUAUAUAUUAAAAGGCAUCACAUUCUAAUAUAAUCGAAUAAAGCAACAAACAAACACAGUUUUGUGAAAUUACUUAACCAUAUGGAAUCUUUGUCUUUUUAUAAAAAAUAUUCCAUGUAUAAUUAUCAUCUCUAUGUACAGUCAUUUUAGUUGCUUAUGUAUUAAGAAAUAUUACAUGUAAUCUACUUGUCUCAA